AUGGGAAAUUAUAAAUCUAGACCGACCCAGACUUGCACGGAUGAAUGGAAGAAGAAAGUUGGUGAAUCCUAUGCCACAGUGAUGGAGCGCUUGGAGGACGACCUGCAAAUCAAGGAAAAGGAGCUGGCAGAGUUAAAGCAUGUUUUCAGCUCGGACGAGGCGUUCUGCAGAGUGAACCUCAAUUUCCGCACGGAGAGCGGGCUCUCGCUGCUGCACCUCUGCUGUGUCUGUGGGGGCAACAAAUCACACAUCAGAACUCUCAUGCUGAAAGGGCUGCGCCCAUCCAGACUAACAAGAAAUGGAUUUACAGCUCUGCACUUGGCAGCUUAUAAGGACCAGGCAGAGCUGCUCACGGCGCUGCUGCACGGAGGCGCUGACAUCCAGCAGGUUGGAUACGGGGCUCUGACAGCCCUGCACGUCGCCUCCAUCGCCGGCCACCCCCAGGCUGUGGACAUUCUGCUGCAGCACGGGGCCUUUGUGAACGUGCAGGACGCCGUGUUCUUCACCCCUCUGCACAUCGCUGCCUACUGCGGCCACCAGCAGGUAACCCACCUGUUACUGAAGUUUGGAGCUGAUGUGAAUGCGAGUGGUGAAGUUGGGGACAGACCUCUUCAUCUGGCUGCUGCCAAAGGCUUUCUCAACAUCACAAAGCUCUUGAUGGAGGAGGGAAGCAAAGUUGAUGUGAAUGCUCAGGACAACGAGGACCAUGUGCCUCUGCACUUCUGCUCUCGGUUUGGGCACCAUGACAUUGUGAAGUUCUUACUGCAGAGCAGCUUCGAAGUGCAGCCCCACGUGGUGAAUAUCUAUGGAGACACACCUCUGCACCUUGCCUGUUACAAUGGGAAGUUUGAAGUUGUCAAGGAAAUAAUUCACCUCUCAGGAACAGAAAGUCUCACUAAAGAAAAUAUAUUCAGUGAAACAGCUUUCCACAGCGCUUGCACCUAUGGGAAGAACAUAGAACUUGUCAAGUUUCUUCUUGACCAGAAUGUUGUAAGCAUCAAUCAUCAGGGGAGAGAUGGACACACAGGGUUGCACUCUGCCUGCUACCAUGGCCAUAUUCGCCUUGUGCAGUUCUUGCUGGAUAACGGAGCUGACAUGAACCUUGUAGCUUGUGACCCCAGCAGGUCCAGUGGAGAAAAGGAUGAGCAGACCUGUUUGAUGUGGGCUUAUGAGAAAGGUCACGAUGCAAUUGUGACCCUCCUGAAGCAUUACAAGAGACCUCAGGAUGAAUCCCCCUGCAACGAAUACUCCCAGCCUGGAGGAGAUGGUUCCUACGUGUCAGUGCCAUCCCCUCUAGGGAAGAUUAAAAGCAUGACAAAAGAAAAGGCUGAUGUCCUCCUGCUCCGGGCUGGUUUGCCUUCACACUUCCACCUCCAGCUCUCUGAGAUUGAGUUCCAUGAGAUCAUCGGCUCAGGGUCUUUUGGAAAAGUCUAUAAGGGCCGAUGUAGAAAUAAAAUCGUUGCAAUCAAACGUUACCGAGCCAACACCUACUGCUCCAAGUCCGACGUGGACAUGUUCUGCCGCGAGGUUUCCAUUCUCUGCAAGCUGAACCACCCCUGUGUCAUCCAGUUCGUGGGAGCCUGCCUGGAUGACCCCAGCCAGUUUGCCAUUGUCACCCAGUACAUCUCUGGGGGAUCACUCUUCUCCCUGCUCCACGAGCAGAAGAGAAUUCUUGAUCUGCAGUCUAAAUUAAUCAUUGCUGUGGAUGUGGCCAAAGGCAUGGAAUACCUCCACAAUCUCACACAGCCCAUCAUACAUCGGGAUUUGAACAGUCACAAUAUUCUCCUGUAUGAGGAUGGUCAUGCAGUUGUUGCUGAUUUUGGAGAAUCUCGAUUUCUGCAAUCCCUGGAUGAAGACAACAUGACAAAGCAACCUGGGAACCUGCGCUGGAUGGCCCCAGAGGUGUUCACCCAGUGCACAAGGUACACCAUCAAAGCCGAUGUCUUCAGCUACGCUCUGUGCCUCUGGGAGCUGUUAACAGGGGAAAUCCCAUUUGCUCACCUGAAACCAGCAGCAGCAGCAGCAGACAUGGCAUAUCACCAUAUCCGCCCCCCCAUCGGUUACUCCAUCCCCAAACCCAUCUCUGCCUUGCUGAUGAGGGGCUGGAAUGCCUGUCCUGAGGGGAGACCAGAGUUUUCAGAAGUUGUCACAAAGUUAGAGGAGUGUCUGUGCAAUAUUGAGUUAAUGUCUCCAGCCUCCAGCAACAGCAGCGGGUCCCUGUCUCCCUCGUCCUCCUCAGACUGCCUGGUGGCCCGCGGUGGCCCCGGCCGCAGCCACGUGGCCGCCCUGCGCAGCCGCUUCGAGCUGGAGUACGCCCUGAACGCGCGAGCCUACGCUGCCUGGCACCUGGGCACUGGGCAGCCCCCUUCUCAGGGCCUGUCUCUGGAUGACAUGAGAAGGAACUUCCAGUACCCCCCCGUGGACAAAAACGGGUACGUGUCAGACCCUCUGAGCACCAUGAGGUUCCAGCCCUGCAGCAGCAGCUUGGAGGACAGCAGCUGA